CUCACGAGCACAGGUCAGGUUGUUUAUUGCCUGUUUCCGUGUUGUUUGUUCAGUCCCGGAGAGGUUUUUAUUCGGCUAAGGACUCUGCUGCGACAUGUCGGCGGCCACACAGAAUAUGUCGGCAGCAGGAGUCCUCUCGGGCAGUAACUUAGGAUGGACGACUGAAGGAAACUUAACUUCCCUGUGCCCCAAUGGGUCCAAGUGGGUUUGGGAGGGGCUUGGGGAAUGUGCCCAAGAUGCGAGAGACAUGGCCAGCAUCUACCUAGGCCUCCUGUCCAUUCUCUGCUUCAUGGGGUCCUCACUUCCACAGUACUACAGCUCAUGUAAAACAGGGAAUAUGGACAGUGCCCUCUCUAUUUGGUUUCUGCUGCUGUGGUUGGGAGGUGACACCUGCAAUUUGGUGGGCUCCUUCUUGGCUGACCAGCUUCCACUUCAGACAUACACAGCGGUUUAUUAUGUGUUAGCUGACUUGGUGAUGCUGGGCAUGUACUUAUACUACAAGAUGAGGAACAGAAUGGCUGAAAGCAGGAGGGUUUUGCUUGUGGUGGGUGUAGCCUGUGUCCUGGGCUUCACCACAAGCCUGACCCAUCUCCCCGGGUUAGAUGCUCAACAGGAAGUUACUCCUUCUGGGUUCAGAAGUCGCGCCUUGCUGUCAAUCUCCGAUAGUAAUCAAAUCAAGCCUUUUACCCCCAAAGAGAUAGUUGGUUUCUCCAUCGGCUCAGUGUCGUCAGUGCUCUACCUCUGUUCCAGACUCCCCCAGAUGUACACUAAUUUCAAAAGGAAGUCGACAGAGGGAGUGUCUUAUUUUCUGUUUGCACUGGUCAUCCUGGGAAACACCACAUACGGCCUGAGUGUCCUGCUGAAGAACCCGGAUUGGGGCCAGAGCGAGAGCAGCUACAUAGUCCAUCACUUGCCCUGGCUCAUCGGCAGCCUCGGCACCCUCUCCUUAGACCUUACUAUCUCUGUCCAGUUUAUAAUUUACCGUAGAGCUAAGGUGGAGGUGGACGCCAACCAUGACGAGACAUCGCCUCUGCUCGGGAGCUAAAGCAACAACCCCAGAGUGUACUGGUGGGACACGAACAGACACUCGCCUCCAGUGAAUCUUCAAAAUCACAUUUCCAACCAAAUCAGGAUGAAAGAAAGUAUUACAUUUUAGUUUGAUUUUAUAGUUUUAUUUAUUAUGCUCUUUUUUCAAGAUGUUUACAAUGUGUUUUUAUCUGUUAAAGUACUGUGCCAGGUGAUGUUCUUCAUUUGGGUUCAGCUGCAGUGACAUGACUUACACUGCUCUUAAUGUUCGAGUUUUAAAUGGACAAUUGAGGGUUUCAGGAGUCGGACAUGGAUGGAACUCCCUGUCAGCCUGAACUUCUUCGUCUGAUUUUAAGCCAAAACCUCAGUUUGAUGUCAGAUCUCACAUAGAUGGCAGAAACCUGCUUACUGCGGUGACCCCACCACACACAGGUUUCUCAAAUUAUUCUGGUGUUUUUAAGUACUUUGACAGUUAUGACACUAAUGACUGCAUGGAGCCUGACCUUGUUGCAGUGAUGUGUCUGAAAAGAGGAAAUGUUUGUGAAGCAUUUCCAAGUGUAAAUUGUAAUUAGUUCAUUUUUAAUUGAUGUUUACACCAAGUACUGUAAUCAACAAAAGUGAGCAUUUAUGUUUUUUUGUUCAUUUAAGAUAUCUUUUUAAUUGUAGCCAUACGAUUUUAUUGUACUUUUUAUUUUUUAUUCCUUUUUUUUAAUACAGACUCUCGACCAGCUUUGUUUGCACUGGUGAUAAAAGUCACUUAAAGGUUCUGUGUAUGACGUUCAGAGCAUAAAUAUAGCAGCAAAAAACUAUUUGCUAUGUAAAGAUACAGUGUAGGAAAGGGAUCCUGAGCAGAGAAUAAAGUACAUACCUUUGUGUGUUGUAAUCUGAGCUUCUCUGUUUGUGGUUGUGGUAGGUGGUCCGGCCAUGCGUGCAUGUCAGUGUGUGUCCCACUGGCUAGCUCAUUGCCGCAGCUUUGCACUGCGCUCAUAUGACAGUUACCACUGAUGACAGCAUCAUUUCAAAAGUGCAGUUCCCAUCCUCUGCCCCCCCAUGUUAGCACAGUUAGCUCUAUCAGCACUGUUGGUGUUGUUAGCACUGUUUAUGCUGUUAGCACUGUUAGCUGAUAGCUACUGGCUUAGCCGCCUCCAUGUAGAGAGCCAUGUACAGGCACUCCACACCAGACUUAAUCACAGAUAUGCUCUGAAUGUCACAAACAGCUCCUUUAACACAGAUUUUCACCACCACGUUGAAUUUACGCAUUUUCUUCUUUUUUUUUUCAUUCUCACUGUUUUGCACAACAAAAGUUUGUUUUGUACUUUGAGAAAUAUUAAAUAUGUUCAGUGGGUCAGUGUGCUGUAAAGAUUAAACAAUUGAAAACAC